AUAAGCUCUUUAUAAGUCAAAAUUAAAUUAAAAACAAAAAGAUUCCUGAUAAGCAGACAUGUGUCAUAUGAUGACAUCAUCUGGAGGCCCGCUGAUUAUUGAGGAGCCGUCUGCAACGUGCACGUAAUCUUUGUUUUGAGUUUUUCCUUCAAUUUUUUACUAUUUUCUUCCAGUACCUAAAUAACCCCCCACCCCCUGUGCUGCGCUCUCGACAUGUACUCUUCAGUCUUGAACGUUCUAACCUAAAUUCGUUUUCCAGUUCGCAACCCUCUGUUAUUUCGGAAGGAAGGAUGGGCCGAUCAAGCAGAACCAUUUACGUGGGCAAUCUUCCUGGGGACAUUCGCGAGAGCGAGGUUGAAGAUUUGUUUUACAAGUAUGGGCCUAUUGUUGACAUUGAUUUGAAAAUCCCUCCAAGACCUCCUGGUUAUGCUUUUGUUGAGUUUGAAGAUUCUCGUGAUGCUGAUGAUGCCAUCCGUGGUCGAGAUGGUUAUAAUUUUGAUGGCUGUCGAUUGCGGGUUGAACUUGCACAUGGAGGGAGAGGAUCAUCAUCAUAUGAUCGUCACAGUAGUUACAGUAGUGGAAGUAGUCGUGGUGGAGUUUCAAGGCGUUCUGACUACCGCGUCUUGGUGACUGGACUUCCUUCUUCUGCUUCAUGGCAAGACUUGAAGGAUCACAUGCGUCGUGCUGGAGAUGUCUGUUUUUCUCAAGUUUAUCGUGACCGUGAUGGCAUGCGAGGAAUUGUUGACUACACGAACUAUGAUGACAUGAAAUAUGCGAUAAGGAAGCUUGAUGAUUCUCUCUUCCGAAAUCAAUAUUCUCGGGCUUACAUACGGGUGGAGGAGUAUGAGAGGAGGCGUAGUUAUUCCAGGAGCCCUAGUCGGAGUCCCUAUACAAGAAGCAGAAGCCCAACUCGCAGCUCUGGUGAUAGGGACAGGAGUAGAAGUGCUUCUCCAAGGGUGAAACGUUCUCGUCGUGCUUCCUCUAGAUCUCGUUCUAGAUCCGUUGCAUCAAAAUCACAAUCUGGGUCACCUCCUCGGUCUGUAUCUAGAUCUCGGUCAAGAUCCAGAACUCCAGCAUCCCCUGCUUCAAGUGGGUCUCACCACAUCAAUGGUCGUGAUUCUCCUAGGACUCAUUCCUUGAACCUCGGAAUAUUCCAUAAUGACCGCAGUUCACUUAUAUUCUUUCAUCAACUUUUGAUGCUGCAGCCUCCUGAGCCCAGACAUGUGAGUGCUUCCCCUGGCAGGAGCAGGAGCAGGAGCUUGAGCAGGUCCAGAUCCAGAUCCGGCUCGGCAAGAUCUGACUGAAUCAUAUAUGCAAAUUACAGCCUGCUUACAUUCAAGAGUAUAACGUUCCCUAGACAGGCAGUGGAAAUUUGUCUAGUUUAGUAACCUGGAGCCAUGAAGUAAUAUUUUAGCUACUUUGAUGUGGACUUAAAUUGAUUCCCCGACUUGUCCUGUAGUAUUAAUUGUUGACAUAUGUGAUUUUGAAGUCUACUGAAGGAUUACAGUUUGUGCACCUUUCCCCUAUCUCAUGCGCCAUCACUUGGCUUCAUUUGUGGUGUCA